CACUCAAGCACACACGCUCCACGCGGCUGGACGGCUGUCAGUGCACUGAAGAUGGUGGCGGCUGCGGCCACUGCGUUGCCCACCGCGCCUGGACAGAACACAACAUUUCAUGCAGGUGUCGACGCUGUUGCAGCGCACAGAUAAUGGUCAGAUAACGGAGAUAAGACAAUCUCAUCUCUCUGGACGAUUCAGGGAAUGGACAGGCUGGACGAUGCAGCAGCCCUAGAUCAUUAGCCUACAUUUGUCCUGGAUUUAAGGGGAAUUAUUUAGAGGUAUGAACUAAUUCUCUUGUGUAUUCCGUGCAAUUCAAUUAAUGUGGCUGGAUGAAGGCAGCACUCAGCUUUGACCUGUGGGACUCUUGGUGUGGGGGGGGCGUGGAGCUGAGGUGGAGACCUUUUUAAUUAGCCCGACUCUCUCCGGUCUUUCGUCGUCUGCUAUUUAGUAGUAGGGGGGUCGAGCUGCCGUGGGCAAAGUUUACUUCAGAGAAAAAGGAGAGACUGGACAAUACUUCAUGGAGUCUGCUCAAGGCUGCAUUUUCUUUUCCCCCCCUCAGCUUUCCGGGUGACAGAAUAUACAGCCAGGAACCGGCGUGGUCAGAAUAUCUGGACCAUUUCCUUGGGGUGCACUGUGACGAUGAAUUGUUUGACUGUGGAUACUAAAGCAAUACCGAUGAACACUAAUCCAAGACGGGUUGGUGCAUAGCCCUUUACGAGUCAUCUCAAUUGCAAUAAAACUGUUUUCCUGGUAUUUUCUGCGCACAACCUCUCAAGAAGUGGUCUCCUGCAGACCUCCUUGCACACGAUCCCCUGUGGGUUUGGAGACGCAGCGGUGGCGGAGACUCCCGUGCAGAAAGUCAGGAUAGGACGAGGCUCCGUCCACGCAAAUAGUCGCGAUUAGGCCCUGCAGCAAGGGGUAUGUGGGUAUAAAUAAAAGCGCUGAUGGCAGUUUUUGCACUCUCGUUACCAUUAACUGGAGUUGAACUGCGUCUUCAAAUUAAAAGCAGUCUUUUUCGACCAAUACGCCAAACUGCAGAUGUCGAGUCAAAGCAAACACUGCGGAGGAUGUGUUUUGGAUGAAGUUCUGCUCAGACCUGUAAACAAAACGUGAUGAACUCAAGGAGGUAUUACUGAAUAUCCCCUGUGGAACUGAGUGUAACGGGAAACUGAGUGGAAAACCGGAAUUGGACAUGCAUCAGUAAUGAAUUGACUGCAGCAGACUCUUCGCGAGAAACACAUUUGAACUGGAUUUGAUAUUUCACACUUACUCACAACUUCUCAAGAACCCCAUUUAAACAUAUUUCUUCACGUCUCUUUUUCAACUUUUCCCCUUAUGCACAUCAUUUUGUAAUUCUCUUGAGUUUUCCAAAAUCAUUUUCCAAUGAGUGCAACACUGUGUAGACAGCUGAGUGGAUUUGGACAGAAACAGAGCAAGCAGCAAGUGAACUCAGUCUCAAGUGCAUCCAAACAGACGGGAAGUUAGAGGAAUGCAGGGGAUUGACGUCAAGAGGGGCAAUAAUCAUCUAGUCAAACAUUUUUGGAAGGUAGUUCUGGUGUUUCUACAGCCAAUGUUAACUGAGUGGAAUUUUCUCUAAAAUGUUUUUUAUUUGUGCUCACCUUUUUGACCUUUAAGAGUAAACAAUCAUUGCCCUAGUUGUUAUACUGCAGCCCCAUACUGUGCUUUACUUAUUUUGUCAACGUUAUCUUUAAAAAUAACUGUCCCUUCUGCAUUAGUAUCUGAUUUUUGGAUUGAACAAAAAGCAACAUGGCAUCCCCCCAACAUCAACAACUGCUGCCUCGCAACACAGAAGUGAGCUGUGACUCAAGUGGAGAUGGAGGCGUCUCAGUGAGGAUUGGCAGUAGUGCCAAACACAAGCACGGAGGCGGGCCGCUGGGUUCAAUCGGGGGAGGCUUCAUGGGGGGAUCCAAGCACUGCAAGUACAGCAUUUCCUCCAGCUGCAGCUCUGGAGAGUCCGGAGCCAAGAGGCUGGUGGUCAAGAGCUUUCGCACACAGAAAAAGAUGCCUCAGCUUUUUGAAAGAUCUGCUGGUCAUUUCUGGGACCCAAAGUUUGAUUCUUCGAUCCUGGAGGAGGCCUGUAGAGAACGGUGUUUCCCUCAGACCCAGCGGCGCUUCCGCUAUGUGCUCUGUUACCUGGUUGCCGCUGCCCUCCUCUGGGGAUUGUACUUUGCCGUCAACCCUUCCCGCUGUGACAGGACUGCCUUUCUACUUCCCACCGCGUCCUUUCUCCUUUUCUGCCUCCUUCUCUUCCUCUUAACUUUUACUAAGCUCUAUUAUCGCUGCUACAACCAAUCAUCUCUGCUGCUCAUCAUUGUAACCUUCAUCCUGACCCUGGCCCCCCAGAUCCAGACGUCAAGUUUUAGGGACCCGGAGAAUCCCACACCUGUACUGGAUGUGGAAGAAUUAAGUGGCAUGGGACCCACAUACAACCUGUCCUAUGACCAGCUUCUAGGAGGUACCAACUGGUCCCCUUGUCUUUCUCCUGUAGGCACCUUCUCCCUCUGUAUAGAGGUUCUUCUGUUGCUAUACAGCGUUCUCCAUGUUCGCCUCUAUGCUUCUGUCAUGCUUGGGUUUCUCUACUCUGUCUUGUUUGAGAGUUUGGGUUGGCUGCAUCUUACCCAGGCAGGGGAUAACUGGAGCUUAGCCUCUCAAUCAGACUGGGAUACGUUAUGUUGGCUUGGUCCAGCCAAAGCUCUGCUCCACCUCUGUGCCCAUGCCAUUGGCAUCCACCUAUUCAUCAUGUCUGAGGUACGGUCAAGAAGCACCUUCCUUAAGGUGGGACAAGCUAUCAUGCAUGGCAAAGAUCUGGAGGUGGAGAAAGCCUUAAAGGAGCGAAUGAUUCACUCUGUCAUGCCCAGAAUCGUGGCCGAUGAACUGAUGAAGCAGGGUGACGAGGAGAUGGGUGAUAAUUCUGUUAAACGAUACUCCACCAGCGGUGCAGCAGCUGCCAUCUCCAGCCCUAAAAACAAUAAACGCAAGAAAACCUCCAUCCCUCGUGGCCAGAUCAUCUUCAGACCCUUUAACAUGAAACGGAUGGAGCCUGUCAGCAUCCUCUUUGCAGACAUUGUAGGCUUCACAAAAAUGUCGGCCAACAAAUCUGCUCACGCCCUCGUUGGGCUUCUAAAUGACUUAUUUGGACGUUUUGAUCGACUUUGUGAGCUCACUGGCUGUGAAAAGAUCAGUACUCUGGGAGACUGUUACUACUGUGUGGCUGGUUGUCCUGAACCCAGACCAGACCAUGCCUAUUGCUGCGUGGAGAUGGGCCUGGGCAUGAUUCAGGCUAUUGAACAGUUCUGCCAGGAGAAGAGGGAGAUGGUCAACAUGAGGGUGGGUGUCCACACUGGCACUGUACUGUGUGGUAUCCUGGGCAUGAAACGCUUCAAGUUUGAUGUUUGGUCAAACGACGUCAACCUGGCCAACCUAAUGGAGCAGCUGGGAGUGGCUGGGAAAGUCCACCUAUCGCAGGCCACUGCCAACUUCCUGGAUGACCGCUACCAGCAUGAAGACGGACAAGUCAUUGAGAGAAUAGGACAGAGUGUGGUGGCUGACCAGCUCAAAGGCCUGAAGACCUACCUGAUCUCUGGCAGGAAGGUGGAGCCUCUCUCUCUCUGCAGCUGCUCUCAGUUGGGGUCGACGGGGCAUGAGCAUUCCGAUCCUCUGUGCCCCACUUCCAGGGUGCACACACCUGAUGUAGCUCCUUCAGCCUGCACCCUGCCUCCAGACACUGCUAAGUCUCCUUGCAUAUCUUGCAGUGUGGUUCUGAUACCAGUGGAGGAUCAGGUUCUGGAAGAAGUUGCGGUGCACAAUGGCUGCCGUGACGACCACAAGACCAACAGCAGCAAGGACAUUUCAAAUCUGAAGUGUUCCCCAGCGGUCUCUGCAGGGCGCAGUCCCAAGGCCCUGAACAGCCUGCUCUGUCCUCAGCUGGAGGCCUUGAACAACAGCCAGACGUCGCUGUGCGAGAUGCUGCAGGAGAAGGAGAAGAAGACGUGGAGUGGUGGAGCUUUGGGCAUGGACCACUCAGCACUCAUCCCUUUACGUUCAAAGAACUUCAGGGAGAGGAGCGAUGCUCACUUUGUGGAUGUUAUUAAAGAGGACAGCCUUAUGAAGGACUAUUUCUACAGACCUCCUAUAAACAAGCUGAGCCUCACCUUCCUGGAGAGGAGCCUGGAGUCUGCUUACCGGAUAAGCUACCAGGAGGAGGUGGAAACCCGAGCAGCGGUUCAGACUUUUGCCAGUCCAACAUUCAGUUCUUUCCUGGACAUGCUGCUGUGCUGUUUAGUGUUUCUGGCUCUCUCACUGGCCUGUUUCCUUCGACCACUUGUCACCCAGCAGAGUUUGUCCACACCAGCACUCAUUCUCACAGCUGUAGUCACCCUGUUGGAGGCUCUGGCUCUGCUGUUUGCGAUACGUAUGGCUUUCUACCUGGACAGUGUGCUGAACUGCACUCGAGUGCUGAUGGGAGCGGUUUCAGGCUGGUUAGCGCGUCACUUUAUAGGAGCCGUCCUGGUGUCUCUGCCCACUGUGGCCGUCUUUUCCCACGUUACCUGUGACAUGCAUCUCUCCAUUCAGUUCACCAUGUUCAUCUGCUGUGCUGUCAUCAUAGCUAUCAUUCAGUACUGUAACUUCUGCCAACUCAGCUACUGGAUGCGCUCAGUUCUAGCGACUUUGGUGGGACUAGCACUGCUUGCCUUGCUCUUCAUCUCCCCCUGCAGUGUUGCUAAGAGUCUGUUUUUCUGGUCGGAUGUCCAGAGCAAUAACAGCAACAGCAACAGCUCCAUCGUCAUGUCUGAAAUCCCAGCAGACCCAAACCCACAGGACCUGCUGGGCCCUGAGGCCUGCGUGGCCUUCUUCCUGGUCCUUCUCCUGAUUUUGUUCCUCAACCGCGAAUUUGAGGUCAGUCACCGCCUACAUUAUCAUGGCAACGUGGAGGCUGAUCAACACCGCAUCAAGAUCCAGAACAUGAGGGACCAGGCCGACUGGCUGCUUCGCAAUAUAAUCCCCAUCCAUGUGGCCGAGCAGCUGAAGGUUACCCAGAGUUACUCCAAAAACCACGACAAUGUGGGUGUCAUAUUUGCCAGUAUAGUUAACUUCAGUGAGUUUUAUGAGGAGAGCUACGAGGGAGGCAAGGAGUGCUACCGUGUCCUCAACGAGCUAAUUGGAGACUUUGAUGAGCUGUUGCGGAAGCCUACCUUCUCCAAUAUGGAAAAGAUCAAGACCAUCGGAGCCACGUACAUGGCAGCAGCAGGACUCAAUGCGCAGCAAUGUGCAGAUGCGGCACAUCCUCAUGCCCACCUCCGCGCUCUUUUCGAAUUUGCCCUUGAAAUGAUGCGUGUGGUGGACGACUUCAACAAAAACAUGCUGGGCUUUGGCUUCAAGCUUCGCAUUGGAUUCAAUCACGGGCCUCUAACAGCGGGGGUGAUUGGCACCACUAAGCUCCUCUACGAUAUCUGGGGAGACACGGUCAACAUUGCCAGUCGCAUGGAUACAACAGGUGUGGAGUGUCGUGUCCAGGUCAGCGAGGAGAGCUAUUGUGUUCUCAGUGCUAUGGAUUAUGAGUUUGAUUAUCGUGGCACAGUUAACGUCAAAGGCAAAGGUCAGAUGAAGACCUUCCUUUACCCGAAGAGCAGUGACAGUGGCCCUGUGCCUCAGUACCAACUCUCAGUCUCACCGGAGAUCCGGGCACAGGUGGAUGGUAGCAUCGGACGCUCACCCACUGAUGAAAUCGCCAGCAUGGUGCCCACAACCAGUAUAACUGCAAGCAGUACACAUACUAUGGUACCCAGUACCAGCGCUGGAUCCUCUACUACCACAGGGCUUAGCUAUGGCAAAGAGGCGGACAGCCGUGAAAGGCGUCCCUCUACAGAAACCUCUCAUGCCAGGCUAUCUACGUCUCACCGAGAAGGACCUCCUUCUUCUGCGAGUAACAAACAGCUCCUCAUCUCGUCCCAGCAAAAUACACCCCAAACGUCCCAGAAAGACAUCAAGAAGGACAAAUGUGAUGAUGCUCAUGACAGUAAUGUUGGAGAGUUAACCAGACUUUAAGAAUUUGCUAUAAUGGCACUUUAUUGUAAAUCCUCUACCCUUUAAGCUCUUGUACCUGCCUCUUGUAGUGUAAAUCUUAUUGGCUGAUAUGAUCAGUGGAGUGUGCUGGAUGGACCUCAAAGUGAGUGUCAGGCAGGGACACACAGAGGAAAUGGGAAGAUGUAAUGGCUGACUCUGAACCUUCUCUUGCCUGCUACAGAUCGCAUAGUCUCCCAUUAACUUGAUUAUCUGUGCACCUUUAAUCUUAAUGAUUUCUUUCAAAUGUCGUUUAAGUGCCUUUAGAGUAGUAUAAUGUUUAGACUAAGCCUUUUUUGAGUAUGGGAAGAAUAAAAUAAAGGGAAAACUGUAAAUAAGCAAACCUUUUGGAACAACUGCUUAGCUUUUGUUAAAACCUUGUAAACUAUGCUUUGCUAUUUUGCCUUUUAUCAAAGAAGAGCUCACGAUACAUAUCGAAAGUGCUACAACAUGAAGAGAAUCACAAUGUGGGGAAUAAGACCUUACUCCUAGAGAAGUUUGAAUAAAAUCUACACUAGCAUGCAACAGAGCAUGUUCCCAUGUUCUUCAUGAGAACCAGAAAACUCUUCAUGAAAAGCACAACAGAAACUAAUCAGUACAGGCUAAAGGCAGACGAGGCUGAGCUGCGUGUCGUAUGAGUGUCUUUGCAUGCAUACAAUGUGUGCGUGUGUGUGUGUGUUUGUAUGUGUCUGUGUAGUAACAAGAUCAUGCAGGGUUUAAUGAGAAGAGGUGCCUCUGAGUUAAUCAACUAACUUGGUGAAACAUAGUCAAAAAAAAGAAAAGUAUUUGUUGCUGAUGUGGCAGCUUUUUCUCUUGCCUCGGUUAAGAUCUGUGUAUCGCUGCAAUACUGAGGCACGAUUGGUCUCAGCUACACUACACUUAAUCAGCAUGCUUGCAAAAACAGCAGCAUUGUAGAUGAGGUAAACUGUUACUCGUGUCUGUGCCCUCCCCCAUGAACCAGGCUCUUCUGGGUAUCCAAGCUGUGUUAAGUGUUGAUGAGUAUUUCAAUGGAUCCUACGAGGCACUGCUGUACCUGUAGAGGGUCGUGACUGUAGAUCAAUUAGAGAAGACAACUCUCUAGGUGUUGCUAUGGAUUACACUGUGUGGUAGUUGAUAGGUGUUUUGAGACACGGAUAAUCAAAGUGGAAUGUCACAAAAUCAAAACUAAAUGUGUUUUCUUGUAUUUAUUGUUACACAAAACUUGAACUUAACAUGUGAAGCUCCAGUCUUUAAUUUCUAUGAUUUUUGAAAGAUAUUACUAGCUGGAAACCGCUGGAUGCAUUAGCUGCUUCAUACAUUCAAUGGCAUGAAACUUAAUGUAAUAGCAGCACUUUAAAUGCUAAGGCAGUGCAACAGAUGUAUUUUGUAUAAUUGGUGUUUUUACUUUUUCUUUUCGACCUCCAUUGAUUUCAUGCGAUUAUGUCAGAUGACUAAGGACAUCUAACUGAUUAAACUGUACAUCUCUGUUGCUGUUACAUGUUUUUCUCUUGUUUUUUAAGCAAAAGGGAUUGUGUGCUCAGAGGCAAAAGGUUUUACCAUGAAAUCCGCUUCACUGUCUUAUUUCUGAUGUUUCAAUAUCCGCAACAACACCUUAACCAAUCAGUACUUUUAAGUACAACAUUUGCAGAAAAACAAGGAACACUUUUGCCUUCUUUUAUCAUCAAACAAGUUAUUUCAACAAAUGCCUAAUAAAUGAAUAAUUAGUUUUUUGUUUGUGCCUUUUUAACUUUGUACUUGAUUUUUCUUAUCUUUUUUCACUGUCUGCUCUUAGUUGCUUAAGUUUCUUAAGACACUGAAUACUUCUCUAAAGCUUAUGGUGUACAUAAGCAGGAGAAUGUCAACUUUUGCGCUUAAAUCCCCUUUAAUUUUGAUGAGGUUUUCUAUGGUUAUAAAACGUUUAGCAGUGCCUUUUCUUAAUACAUACAAUAUUAAAUGUAAACAUUCAACAUUAAUUGUACUUAUUGCAUUUUUUUUUAAUUCCUUUUUGUUUCCUUCCAUCGUGUUCUGUAUCUACUGCUUGGAUUGAGUUUGGUUGAUGCAAUAAUAAGGAGUUUGAAAGGGAAAUGCACCUACUUCACGCUUAUGAGCACACAACCCUUUUACCAAAAUGUGUUUUUGUUAUACUACAAUAAAGGGACGCUUAGAAUAAUUGUUAUUUUUCAUGGUGAAGUGCUUAAUAGAGGACAUGAUACUUGAGUGUCAGGUGAAGUUUAUACGCUUCCUUUUCUUUUUGUUACUCCUUGGUCAUUUUGAUUAAAAGAUUUUGGAUUAGUACAAGAACAAUAAGACAGGGGUGUCAACUCAUAGUUUUGAAUGCCACUUGAUCAUUGCUACAAACAUGAUCUUAAAUGUUGGUUUGAUUUAUGGAGAAGUGAGUGACAUUCUGACCCAGCAGAAUGUCACACCGUAAGAACUUUGAUGCCAAAGAGGGUUGUUGCCAUCACUUGAGGAGGUUCUUUGUAUAUCUUAUCUUCUUAAUUUGCAGGUUUUGUCGUGCACGUUCAAGAACGGUCAUUUAUAUAUUCACCGCUAACACACAUUUGCACAAGGUGCUCACUUUUUAUGUACAGUAUGCCUUUAUAUUGUAUAGUAUCUGAGCAUUUUCUAUUAUUUAUAUAAGCGCAUGUACAAGAGUAUUAAAUAAUCUUAAAGAACUGGGUAAUUUUACCAAUGUUGGAAUAAUACUUGUGUGUUCUGUUUGCCUGCAUGUGUGUAAAAACUGUGUGGUUGUGUGUUUUUAGAAGAGAUGCUCUAAUCUCAUCAUUUCAAAAAGUAUGACAUGCUAGGACAAAAAGGCUUCAAUCAUACAGACGUCCUUUUUUCCUUUUCUUAACAUUUUAACUGGCCAAAUAAAAUGAGCGAGACACUACUAGAAGUCUGCAGGUAGGAAGUAUUUCAGUAGGCUGCUACAGCCAACUUUUAAUGCAUUUUUGCUUACUAUAGAAAUGUUUUUGUAUAUAGCACGCUAAUAGGUAUGCAAGUGAAGGUUAAAAUUGAAUAAAAUAAGUUGCUGGGAAAUGUUGUCCGGUUGAGUUUAUAGCUUGUAUACGACAUUAGGUUCUGUACUUGUACUUUACUUGAUUAUUUCUGUUUUAUGCUGUUUUACACUGUAUGUAUUUUACACUAUACUACUCCAUUGCCGUACAGUGUUGCUUUUGUAGAUUAAGAUUGUACAAACAAAACAUUAGACGCGUUCAUAAAAUAUGAAACAUUGUUAUCGAUCAAAUUACCCAACAUCAUAUAAAGGAGUUUAAAUUAGUCCCACUUCAAACCAGCUGCAAGAUUAAAUGAUGUUUAUGUGUUUUUAAAUCAGUAGUGAUAAUGCAAUAAUACAUGCAAAAUAGCAGGAACAGUUAUGCUGCAUAAUAAUUACUUUUACGUUCAAUAAUUUAUAUCUGCCUACGUUUUGCUCAUAUAAGUUAUGUACUAUCACUUAAGUAAGAUUUUAAAUUCAGAACAUUAACUUCGUAUUUUACUUAUUGUUACUUUUACUCUAGUUACAUUUUCUACCACUGGUAUUUACUGGUAGCCAAACAGGGUAUCGAGAAUUACUUAGCGCCUUUGUUUGAGCACAUUUACUAUAAUUUGACAGCUCAGGAAUGAUUUGAGUAUGUAUGUUUUGAUGGGACACUAUAAUAUGAAGUUCAGGGAGAGGUAUUCAAAUUAUUUACUUAAGUAAAAGCGCAGUAUAAAAAGUCCUGCAUUCAAAAUCAUAAUUGAACAAAAGUACAAUAGUAUCAUUAGCAAAAUGUAAAGUGUGAAAGGUAAAAGUGCCCAUAAUGCGGAAUAGCCACUUGGUAGAAUCUUACAUUAUUAUAUAUUUUAGCUUUAUUGUUAUUGAUGCAUUAACUUGUAAGCAGCAUUUUAAUGGUGUAUAUUUGUACAAUGUGUAAUGAAUAAAAUAAAUAUGUAGGAACUA